AUGGAUAACAUUAAGAAAGAAGAAAGUUUUAGUUCAAGUUUUUACGAAGAAGUAAUUGAUUUAACAAUCGAUUCUUCUUCAAAAAGCGAUUUUUCAACUAUUGAAUUAGAUGACCUGGGAAUUAAUAUAACA